AGGCGGGCUAGAGAUUACGCUAUCAGAACAUUUUUUUUCCCUCUAUAAAUAGAGCAGAAAAGGAAGUCGAACUGAGGGCCAGUUCAUUUAUUCUCCACCUGCCGAGCGAUCGAAGCCCCGUUAGAUCGGAGUCGGCGAGGAAGAGAUUGCAAGGUAAAAAUGCAUCGUGGAGUAAGCUGUGGAGGUGGUCAAAGUUCUUUGGGCUACCUAUUUGGUAGUGGUGAAGCUCCUAAGUCUUCUGCUGAGCGUGCUGCUGAACCAGUUCAGAAACUAGCUCCUCCAACAGAGGCUGAUGACAAGAAAAUUCCUGCCGGUAUCCAUGGGAACCUAGCUAACAAUUACCAUAGAGCUGAUGGGCAGAACUCUGGAAACUUCAUCACUGAACGACCUUCAACUAAAGUGCAAGCUGCUCCCGGAGGAGGUUCAUCCCUGGGAUUUCUGUUUGGGGAUGGUCACAAGUGAGCUUCUGGAAGAGCAAGUGGCAUUGACUGCUUGCAGUCUGCAUCUAAGGCAUAAAAGACAUGGCUAUGUAUUAUGUACCUCCAUCGUGAAAAUGUCUCAGUUGAUGUGUCGUUGUUACUCGCUGCUUCUUGGACUAUAAGCACUAAACAGAAUGUCGUUGGCUUUGUUGGCUCCCGGGGUUUAGUUGCGAUUUCUUAAGCUUAAAUUGAAAUAGUUGAUUUCUAUUA